UUUUUUCAUUAUCUUCUCUUAAACAAUUAUAAAAACCGAUCGACUCUCUCGAUCUAAAGCACGCACGUGUGCCUGAGUUUUCUUACAAAUAUCGUUUUAAAGACAAAAGAUUGAUCGAGGAUAUGCGAUUGAUUCGUGUUUGUAGUGAGGAAGCGAUUGAACUCGGGAGACAAGUGGCAAGCGGGACGUGUCCUUAUUGUCAAGGUAAAGUGGAAGCAGUGGAUACGGAGAGCAAAUGGAGAUUUUGCUGCAUCCCCAUUUCGUAUAUCAGCAAACGCAAGUACUUCUGCACUUUGUGUUCUCGACGUUUGGUUUUGUAUGAUUAUGAUUAGCCACGUACGUAGUGUCCUCAUGAGGUGUCAAUUGAAUUGAUUUUAAUGUAUAUCUGUGAGCAAAUAGUGUUUGUAGUUGAGCGAUUUGAUAAGAUACGAUACGAUUUUUGUAUAUAAAACUAUAAAAAUAUAGAUACCGUUGGUGUUGAUGUUUACAUCAUUGUUUACGUGUCAUUGGCAAGAGGUUCAACUAAUCAUAGCUGAUAAUGGAAUAGUAAAAGUGAAAUGUGCCGUGUUAACAUUAUUAAGCUUUGACUUUCAAACUAAGAAAAAAAGCAACAUG